GCGAAAAAUUAAUACGUGCAUUAUCUGUAGCACGCGAUAUAUGUAUUGACAGCGCGGGAAAAGAAUGUGACAUUAUUUUUUUUCAGAGCAUCCGAACGUGUUUACAGUUCUAUAUUUAAAGUGAUUCGCACAAAGGUUGUGCUGAGAGUUAUUAUAUUUUUUUUUAUUCACGAUUCGGAAGCGUGUUAUUACAAAUAUUACGGAAUCAAUCUUGAGCUAUUAAAUAAAUAUUAAGCGACAUUAGUAGUGUACUAGAAAAAUCUGUCAGUGAUAUUUUGUUUGCGUUAUGAUAAGUGUGUAAAUAUGAAGGAACUAGUUCAAAUUUGGAAUCGAGUCACGGGAAGGCGAUAUUCCUCCGUCAACACAGGAGAGCGGGAACUACGAGAUGUCGGCAGCAACAGAUUAAAAAGUAUCGAUUUGGAUGCUGUUAAUUUCGAUGCGAAUUUAUCGGAGUGUGAGGGUUUGAAUAAAUUCAAUGAUGAAUUGGACUUUAACGAGCGAAAGAAUGCAAUUAUAAAUAGAUUGUUCGAGAGAAGAAAGAAAGGGCACACUACGCGGCAGCCAAAAUGUUUAUUUAUAUUGCUGAUGCUAGGUUUCUUCUGCUUGGGGACCGGGUUGUUCAUAGCAUUCGUGCAUCCUUACGACAUACUGUUCAGAUGGAAAAUCAUUUUUCAAAAUGGAGGCGAAAUUUUCGAAAUGUGGCGGAAGCCGGAAGUGGAGCUUUAUGUCAAAGUAUAUCUCUUCAACGUCACUAACGCUGAGGAAUACAUGGCUGGGACGGAUAAAACUAUAAAAAUCAAAGAAGUUGGCCCUUUCGUGUAUAGGGAGUUCUUAGAGCACAACGUGACGGAAUUCAACGACAACGGAACCCUCUCCGCGAUACCCAAGCACCCGCUCGCUUGGGUGGAGGAGCUCUCGGAGGGGAAUAAGGAGGAUGACGUCCUGUUCCUGCCGCACAUCGCUUUAUUGAGCAUUGCCAAUGUAGUAUCCCAACAAAGUUUUAUGACCAGAUUUGGUCUGAACAAUCUCAUCGGUCUGACAAACAGCCAGCCGUUAGCGAAGAUGACAGCUCGCGAAUUCAUGAUGGGCUACAAGUCUGAGUUGAUGACCCUUGGCAACACGUUCAUGCCUGGCUGGAUUUAUUUCGAUAAACUCGGCCUGAUUGACAGGAUGUACGACUUCAACGGCGACUUCGAAACCAUAUUCACGGGGGAGACGGAUCUAACCAUAUCCGGUCUGAUAGACACAUAUAGAGGUUCAACCGACCUGCCGCAGUGGUCUGGCACGCACUGCUCCAACGUGCAGUACGCGUCAGAUGGCACCAAGUUCAAGAGUGCUUUGACCAGAAACGAAAGUGUACUGUUUUAUAGGAAGAGUCUGUGCAGAGCGGCCCCGCUGGUACCAAUAAAGGAAGGAGUCAAAAGCGGUCUCAAGGGUCUGAUGUACACCUUCCCAGACCACAUGCUGGAUAAUGGGAAAUACCAGGAAGAGAACAAAUGUUUCUGUCGCUUAGGCAAAUGUCUCCCCGAGGGUCUGAUAGACGUAACAGACUGCUACUACGGCUUCCCAAUAGCACUGUCCUACCCGCACUUCUACAAGGGAGACGAUGUUCUGUUCAACAAGAUUGAAGGUCUGACGCCGGAUAAGGAGCUGCAUGAGACGAGAUUUUGGAUCCAGCCCGACUCAGGUCUCCCUCUGGAUGUCAGCACUAAGUUCCAGAUAAACAUGGCGCUAGGUGACAUCACUUCUAUUAAGAAUACUGAUAAAUUUGCCAACAUGUACCUGCCAUUAUUGUGGUUUGAUAUUCGCAUGUACAGCCUCCCAUCAUCAAUGGAGAUGCGCUUUAAGAUGUAUCUCAACAUUCUGCCCGUAGUGGAGAAUGUCAUAAUGUAUAUAACCUUCAUAUCGGGCGCCAUUUUGAUUUUCGCAACAAUAUACAUUUUAACAUUCAAAAUAAUGUUCAAAUCGUACAAGAAGAAUUGGUCAGACGAGAAACGUAACAUGAGAGACAUUUACGCGCCGUGUGAGAUACCGCUGAAUGACACGGAGUCUGACAGUCCGGACUCCAAAUAUGAGAUCAGACCGUUCAGAUCGCACUCCGACAGAAUCAAAGAACUCAGUCAGAAAUUGAGCGACAAAGUGUACGACACGGUGCGAAUAUUCGAGGACAGAAAGAAUUCGCUCAUCGUUCCCGAAGUGUCCGCGGAAACCAACGACGCCUUCCGGAGUGAAAGCGACAGCGAUACGAGGGAGAAGGAGAGCGACGAUGAUUGUAAAUACUUGGAAAUAAUCGACGACGGUAGUGGGUUCGACGAUUAUGUCUACUUGGAGAGUGAAAAGUCGAAAACUCUGCGAGAGUUGGAUAAAUAAACGAUGUUCUGCCGGUUUCGCUCGCUGAUAUGUCCCUGAUACGCUAUUCGACUUAGAAUCUUAUUCAUUAUCAUUAUAACAGAUAAGCGAAAAGGGAUGUAUGAGGAGGCUGUGCCGGUUGUUAAUGUAUCGGAUUGAAUAAGUCACAAUUUUAAAUUGUGUCCGAAUGUAUGUUGGUUUAUUCUGAAGUCUUUGACAGAUAUAUUUAGGUUGCAUUAUUAAAUACGAUAUUAAAUUGACUAUACAGGGAAAUGUUAUUUCUUGAUAGCUAAUUAGCUAAUAAGUGCUUGGAAGGAGUUAAACUCCAAAAUAUUUCAUUUCGCCUCUAAGUUAUGAUGUU